AUGGCUGCUUUGAAAACAAGUUUGUUCUGCCUCGUCAUUUUCAUCUCUCUUGGCAACUCCUUGGUUUUCUCAGCUUAUGAGUUCCAAGUUGGUGGAAUUCAAGGUUGGGUCGUCCCUCCAACCAAUGACAGCAAGGUCUACAACGACUGGGCCUCUGAAAACAGGUUCCAAGUCGGUAACGUCAUACGGUUCAAGUACAAGAAGGACUCGGUGAUGGAGGUGCCGGAAGAGGACUACAAGAAGUGCAACUCAAGUCAUCCUAAGUUCUUUGACAAUAGUGGAAACUCUGUCUAUAGGUUUGACCAUUCGGGGUCGUUUUACUUCAUCAGUGGAGCAGCCGGACACUGCGAAAAGGGGCAGAGGAUGAUCGUUAAGGUCAUGGCGUCCGAUGAGGAGUCCCGGUUGGGUGGAAAAUCUGCUGGUUAUCCUGCUGCGGUUUCCGAGCUUGGUGUGUCCAAACUUGUGUUUGUUCAGUUUGUUUUGUUCUAUGUUGCUUCUGUUGUGUUCUAG